AUGCCUUUCAGCGACCUCCUGGGAAAGCCUCCUAUCAUGGACCUCAUCAUCUACUACCUCACUCCCAUCCCUCCCAAGGCGUCCUCGGGCAUAACGCGGCAGGAGUAUUUUGGGAAGGACAAGGAAGAAUAUGAGAGGCUCCCGGAUGAGUCAGCGCCCGGAAUGACUUCUAGGAAUGGGAUUAGGUCGGAUUCUCUAGCGAAGCUUAUGAGGGUCAAUAUAUCUUUCAAUCACUACGUCUCCCCCUUCCUCUACCGCGACGUCAUCUGCGACGACCUCCCUAGUUUACUCUACAAGUCCAGACGCCCGUCCGCCCAUCCCCUCAUUACCAGUAAAGACGAGAACCUACGUUACUGCCGCCGUCUUCACCUUGAAUACUGCCGGAAGACGGACGAUGUCGACUACUCCCUGAUCAUGUCGGACACAGGAUACUUCCAGACCAUCGCCUCGGCGACUCCCUUAUCUCGGGCAAUCGGUCUUGGACGACCUGGCUCCCCACACGAAGCCCGCGUUCCCAUCACCCUUUCCACGGCUGCAUCACGUCUCAGUGGGGGCCAUCUUCGGCGGGCAUUACAAUCUGUGGAACAGCAUCGUAAUGUCCAAGGCGAAGAUGGUCAAUUACGUCUCCAAAUCCCGCGUCCGGCCUUCCGACAAGACCAUGGAGAGGUGCUCGUCCGGAGCACGCAAAUCUUUAUGGGUAUCCUUCGGAACUCGCCCAUCACUCACUGGUGUCAAUACGGAUGUUUCGGACCACUCAGUUUCGGUCCCUUUCCCAACUGGAGGGGUCCGAAAUCUGCCCCCACACCCGUCACCAACCCGCUCUUCACAAUGCAUGUUCCGCCGGAUCGGUACAUGCACCCUUCAGCCGUCGGGCAGCGCACACGCUGGGUGCUCGAUGAAGACUAUCAUCGUCGCAUUCACUCGGUCAAUGCCUACCAGGUUGCCAGUUCCUUCGAUAAUCAACUCAAGCGGCUGGCUGAAAUCCGCGAGACAGAAAAAGACGCGGAACCCUUUCAAAUCGAGAUCUACGGGAGCGGGGUGCCCACUGCGGAGCAGGCCAGUCGGAAUGGUGUCUCUCAAGACCCUGCCGGUGAGCGAGCGCUGUUGCUCAAGCUUCGAGAGGUGCUCAAGGGCAAUCGGGAGAAGAAGGGCAUGGGCCCCAGCCAAGAUCUGGUAUCAUGGGGCCCGACGAUGGACUGUCCGCCGUGCGAGGCGUGCGGAUGGGAGUAUGGGAUGGAGGAGCUGCAAUCAGGAGGGGAAAAGGUGGAGAAGAAGGAGAGGUUUGCGGAGUGGCGACUCGGAGAGAUAUCCUUCGCCAAGCUCAACACCGAGCCCGAUCUCUGGAGGCACGUCCUGAGCUUCCUGAAGCCCAAGGUGGGGAAACCACAGUCGGGGUGUACAAAAGAAGACCAUCUUUUCGACGCGAAUGAGCAGGAGAGUGAAGGGCUGCUCGAUGCCGCAUCUCCGGAUGCGACGAGCAGGGCGGAUAUCAGGGCGGAUGACUUGGCGACUCUCAUGCGUACCAGCCUGCAGGCGUUCAAUCAUCUCGCUUCCCCGCUCCUCUACAAUCAUGUCAUUACCGACUCCCUACCCCACCUCAUCCAUAAUCAUCGAGAACCCUCUGCCCACCCCCUUAUCUACAGCAAACUCCAGCUCCUCCAGCAGAUCCGCUUUCUGCAGCUCGAGUACUCUCACAAGGGCGGACACACUUACGCCGAUCUCUUGCAGGACCCAGGCGGCUGGGAUUUCGUGGGACCGCGGCACCACCAGAUGGCGAUGGUGGAAUGGGCGGGCAUCCAAGCUACGGUAGAGCUUACAGGUGUCAUGAUGAGCCUCCUAGCGGUCACCCAGGCAGUAGACGGCCACAAAAAUCCCUUCGUCCACGUAUCCCGCUUGACCGUGGGUGCGAUUUUCGGCGCCCAGACACGAAAAUGGCACUCGAUAUACCCUACAUCCCCCGACGACGUGGCCGGCAGGAAAGACGCCGACCAGCUACUCGACCAGUGCAGGCGGAUGAUGGCGCAUGCCUUCGGCUCGUCGCCCAUUCAGCAGUACUGUUCGAGGGGCAACGUCGGACCUCUGUCCUGCCCGGUCUUCGUUGAUCGGACAACCUCCAGUUCUACGGCGGUCAAACCCCAGUUCACAGUCCACCUCGACCCCUACAUGACCUUCUUCCCUGCCGCGGUCGGCUGCCCUACUCGAUGGACAUUCGACAACCUCUGGUCCACCGGAGACGGCGCAAUCGACAUACAAACUAUGAACAAUCUAGUCUUCCACCAGCUGGAACUUCUCGGGGAGCUGAAGCGGGAGUCCAAGACCGCCCUCGGCGACUUCGAGAUAGAGAUCUUCGCCAGCAGCGAUCUAUCCUAUCCGCCUGAGGUCCCGGUCGAUCCCACUCUCGGACGGACGUGCGAGAUCCUCACUGCCGGAGGCGAGCGGGCCAUGCUGAGGGAUGCUGGCUUCUUGGCUCUUGUGCGCAAGCGGCAAGCCGGGCUAUGUAAGGUCGGGAGCAGGGAUACAUGGCACCCCGCAAUGGAUACCCCACCCUGCGGCGCCUGUGGUGCGGUAUAUGAGCGGGCGGAGGUCGAACCGGAUGAGGGGUCACUGGUCAAGGCGGGAGAGGGCGAGGACGACGCUUAG